AUGAAAUUUCUGCCGCUGCUAAACUCAAGGAAGAGAAAAGGAAGGAACUUAACAGGUUUAGAGGAAAGCACCGUAGGCUUGAUAACAAGGUAAUUUAUGACAUCAUUGUGUGAAGACCAAAUUAAAAGCUACAAAAGUUCAUAGGGUUUUCGUUGCACGUUCACAGGAAUACCAUAUGAACCAUGGAAAUAUUCAUAGCCUUUCACAGUACUAUGAGAAAAAUACUAUGAAUCAUUGUCCCGUUUCAUAGUUAGACCUCAUUUCAUAGGAUAUUGCUCUAGUAUAAUGCUCAGUACCCCCACUAGCUCGUCUAAAUGAGGCUCGUUUUAUACGUCAAAUUUUGGUCGCGUCGAAUGCAAUUAAGACAAUAGAUAAUGAGACGAUAAACCUCAUUAAGCUUCAUUAUCUAUUGUUUGAAUUGCAUUCGACAUGACCGAAAUUCGACGUAUAAAACAGGCCUGACAAACAUAUACCAAAUAUAUUGAGUGGAGGGGGGAUAUUAAGGACUUGGCAAACAUCUCUCCUGGACAGCCGAUGUUGCAUCCUCAGCUGUUCGUCACCUGAAAUGCAUCAUGUAACUAGCUAGUGUGUAAACGAGAUGCGCCCUAAUGCACCCUACUUCCUGAUUUUGCUCUGCCGUAAAACGUUAUGAGGUGAAUGUGAAUAUGUGAAAUAUUUUGUUGCUCCUUUUCGAAAUAGGUAGGAAGUUUGGUGAAAGCUAUUGAAGAUUUAAACGAUAUUCAAAACGAACUUGUUCAACCAGACAGUACAGACCAGUAA